AUGCCUUCGUUCUCCUGCUCCCUCUAUGGGAGAAGUGCGAAGCUGGAGUAUAUUGACGUUAGUGGCAACCUGUUUAGUGAUCUGGCUCUUAGCCAAAUGAUGUGCGAUGGUGAAAGCCGGUUUUGGAGACUGCAAACGCUCAAUAUCAGCAGGAAUCACCUGAAGUCCAUCAACAGUCAGCUUUUUGUCAAUUUGCCAAGGAGCUUACACAUCCUCGAUCUAUCAGUCGAUGACUUGACUGUCUUCAAUAUCGAACUACCUUUUCUAACUGUCUUCAAUAUCGAACUACCUUCUCUAACAGAGUUAUACAUUUCUGACAACAAGAUCAGUAGUUUGCCAGAUGGGCAUUUAUACCCUCUUCUCGCAUUUCUCUUCAUUCAAAACAACGAUUUACACACGUUCGGCAGCAACAAUCUAAAUGAUUACAAUAAUCUGAGUAUAGAGGCUGGAACUAACACGUAUGUCUGUUCCUGUGACUUUGUAGCCUUAAUGACGAGUGACUUGACAAGUCUUUCAGUCACAUUUGUAAAUGGGUUAAAGUCGUACGUCUGUGACUCCCCUGACGCUGUGAGGGGAAAGAGUGUUGCAGGUGCGAGAUUGUCAGAGUUUGAAUGCCACACAGCUUUAGCUUUUUCUUUACUCUGCUCAGGCAUCCUGGUGUUCUUUCUGCUCGUUUUUGGUUUGUGUCACAAAUUCAGCAUUGUGUGGUACAUGAAGAUGACCUGGGCCUGGCUGAGAGCCAAGAGGAAGCCACAAUUAAAAAAGGGAGCGCUUGAGUAUGACGCCUUUGUGUCCUACAGUGAAAUGGACUCGGGCUGGGUGGAGACACAUCUGGUCCCAGAGCUGGAGCAGGUGGAGCCUCCUCUCCGGCUCUGCCUCCACAUGAGAGACUUUGUGCCUGGAGGCUGGAUAUUGGACAACAUCAUGGACGCUAUCGAUAAGAGUCACAGAACUCUGUUUAUCCUCUCUCUGAACUUCAUCAGGAGUGAAUGGUGCAAGUACAAGCUGGAUUACACCCACUUUAGAUUGUUUGACCACAAUGACGACACAGUUGUGCUGAUUCGGUUGGAGCUUGUUGACAAAGAGACCAUCCCCAAAAAUGUCUGCAAGCUGCGGAGAUUCAUGAACUCCAGGACGUAUCUGGAGUUGCCUUAUGAUCAUGAUCAGAUCCCCAGGUUCUGGCACCAAGUGAGAAGUGCCAUCAAAAGCCCUGAGCCUGGUGAUGGAAACGAUCCACAGUUUGACAUUGUGGAAUUAAUUUAG